AUGCCUGCUCAAGAUAGUAUUUUCAUUGGUAAUAUCAAUCUUGCUACAAUGAAGACAAUGUUCUAUGACAAGGUUGUGGCUUGGUCAAUGCCUUAUAAAAUUAUUCCCUCCGCGACCGCGAAGAAUUUCUCAAAGGAUUCGCUUCUUAUAUUGCCUCCCCCAGUAAUUUUCGCUGGUUUUGGUUUGUGUUUGAUAGCAUCACAAAAAGCUUCAACUUAUUGUGGCUCUAAUUUCCCGCUCACUUUGGCGCUGCAACGAACUACACAAGCAGACCCUCUCCCUCCCUCCCUCUCACCCACAUACACAGAGCACAGCACCACCUCUCUCUUGCCAUUCCCCAGCAGGGUGAUGCGAAGAAAAAUGAGCAGAAGAGUGAGUUUCAGUUAUGAUGUCAAUGACAUGCCAAUCAUUUACCAAAAGUAUGGUGACAGUUCUAAAGCUGAUGGAAACAAAAACAAAGUAAAUGAAAUAUGGAGUUUCAGACAUACCAGGAAAUCCAGGUUUUCGCUGUCAGGUUUCUUCAGGCGUACUGGAGCAAAGGCCACCAGAGCACUUCGCUGUAUGUCUAGUAGAAAGAGGUGCUCGCGUAAAGUUUCUUCUGCUUCUUUGGCAAGGUCACAUUCAUAUGCUGAAACACUUGAUUCUCAGAGGGCUGAGGCUAUAGAGGACUGCAUCGAGUUCUUGAAUUCUUCAUCAUCUUUGCAAAGAUCUAAUUCUGUCGCAAGUUCUUGCUAG